CCAGCCAGGCUGCCAGACCGGAUCGCCAGUGGGGCGCCAGGGCGGGGCGCACAGUCGAGCGCCAACCGCUAGAGGCCGAUCCGCGGCGUGCUGCCCGGUCACCACCCGCCAUGGCCCGCGCUGCCCCGCUGCUCGCCGUGCUGGCCACACUCCUCACCGCCGCCGCUGCAGGCGGAGACGCACCGCCCAGGAAAAUCGCUGUUAUUGGAGCUGGGAUCGGGGGCUCUGCAGUGGCCCAUUUCCUUCAGCAGCACUUUGGACCCCGAGUGCAAAUUGUCGUCUAUGAAAAAGGGACUGUGGGUGGCCGCCUGGCCACCAUCUCCGUCAACAAGCAGAACUAUGAGAGCGGGGCAGCCUCUUUUCACUCUCUGAGCCUCCACAUGCAGGACUUCGUCAAGCUGCUGGGGCUGAGACAGCGGCGCGAGGUGGUGGGCAGGAGCGCCAUCUUCGGUGGAGAACAUUUCGUGCUGGAGGAAACCGACUGGUACCUGCUGAACCUCUUCCGCCUCUGGUGGUACUACGGCAUCAGCUUCCUGAGGCUGCAGAUGUGGGUGGAGGAAGUCAUGGAGAAGUUCAUGAGGAUCUACAAGUACCAGGCUCACGGCUAUGCCUUCUCGGGGGUAGAAGAGCUACUCUACUCAUUGGGUGAAGCCACCUUUGUCAACAUGACCCAACGUUCCGUAGCUGAGUCCCUGCUCCAGGUGGGCGUCACACAGCGCUUUAUUGAUGAUGUCGUCUCUGCUGUCCUACGGGCCAGCUACGGCCAGUCGGCAUCAAUGCCCGCCUUUGCUGGAGCCAUGUCACUAGCUGGGGCUCAGGGCAACCUGUGGUCCGUGGAAGGAGGCAACAAGCUGGUUUGUUCUGGUUUGCUGAAGCUCGCCAAGGCCACCGUGAUCCAUGCCACGGUGACCAUUGUGACCCUGCACAGUAUAGAAGGGAAAGCCCUGUACCAAGUGGGGUACGAGAGUGACAAGGGCAACAGCUCUGACUUCUACGACAUUGUGGUCAUUGCCACACCCCUGCACCUGGACAACAGCAGCAACAACAUCACCUUUGAAGGCUUCACUCCGCCCAUCGAUGACAUUCAGGGCUCUUUCCAGCCCACUGUGGUCUCCCUGGUCCAUGGCUACCUCAACUCUUCCUACUUUGGUUUCCCGGACCCUAAGCUUUUCCCCUUCGCCAACAUACUCACCACAGACUUCCCGAGCUUCUUCUGCACUCUGGACAACAUCUGUCCUGUCAACAUCUCAGCCAGCUUCCGGCGGAAGCAACCCCAGGAGGCUGCAGUGUGGCGAGUGCAGUCCCCGAAGCCCCUCUUCCGGACGGAGCUGAAGACCCUCUUCCGUUCCUAUUACUCGGUCCAGACAGCAGAGUGGCAGGCCCACCCCCUGUACGGCUCCCGCCGCUCCUUCCCAAAGUUCGCCCUCCAUGACCAGCUCUUCUACCUCAAUGCCUUGGAGUGGGCGGCCAGCUCCGUGGAGGUGACGGCUGUAGCUGCUAAGAAUGUGGCGUUGUUGGCUUAUAACCGCUGGUACCAGGACCUGGACAAGAUUGACCAAAAGGACUUAAUCCAUAAGGUCAAGACUGAACUGUGAAGGCUCUAAGGAGAGCCCAGGAACUCUGUCCCACACUGAAGAUGGAACGCACUCCAGCAGCACAGGACUGACGAGGCCACAUUCAUGGGCUGUGCGCCUUUCUCGGCCCUCAAGUGUUGAGCAGGUUCCACCAGGGUCCAGGUGAUCUACUGUCUGCUUAUCUAAGGAUCCUCUUAGAGGCUGCCCUUUUUAUUUUUUUAAGGGAGAGAUUAAGAAAAGGGAAGGAAAUUCAAGUCAGUGUUUUGUUUUGGGGGGGGUUGUUUUUUUGUUUUUUGUUUUUUGGUUGGUGGGUUGAGUUUUUUAUUUUUUUAUUUUUGGGAGUUCGGGUUUUGAUUUUGGGUUUUUUGUUUGUUUGUUUGUUUGUUUUAUUUUGGUUGUUUUGUUUUUGUUUUGUUACUGUUUUUCCCUGUUUUUCAAGAAGAAAUAAAAGUUCAUCCUCCAA